AAAGCCUCAUUAUUUUUCAAGAGUACCAACACCAACGCCCAACCAUCAUCGGACAUCCGACAUCCUUCCCUUCGUUAUCAGAUUAGGCAAGACGAGAUAGAGUGCAGCGAGAGAAAAAAAGGGGAUCGGUUUGCACAGCACUUAGAUUCACGGAAAGACCAGACAAUCAGUCAGUCAAUCAAUCAAUCAAUCAAGCAAGACACAGCAGCACAAUACACUAGUUUAUACCUCUUUGAUCUUAUACCCUUGACACUUGAUCUUAUACCUUGACCAUGGGCCAGUGCGCAUCGAAAACGCAACAUGCUGUAGAAGCAGCUUCGUCUUCUCUAGCUUGCCACAAGAAGAGCCACAAGCAGAACCAGAAGAGUCAAAGUCCAAUAGCCACAGAUCCAAGAGCUUCCUCUAGCACCAGUACCGCUGUUACCGCACCCCUUGCCGGGCCUGAACCAUGCUCUCCUCCUCCGCCUCCAAGACAAACGACUCCAGAGGUUGUUCCGCCAGUGAAAGCACAAGCACCGGCAUCAGCACCUGCGCCGCAAGCGGAAGCGGAAGAACCGGGGAACAUGUCCGCCAUCACCGCACUUACGGCAGUCUCUGAAGAAACCUCGGAGCGAUCGUCAGAGCCAUCUGAUCAUGGUCCUAACCAGUUCAACAACAGCAACAACAAACGUAUAGAGCAGGCGCCUGUCCCUGAACAAGCACCGUUGCCAACUCAGGCAACUCUUGCUACCCCCGAUACCCCCACACUUACUACAACGCCAUGUACUGAGAAUACUGAUGCUACCCCUGAACCCGCUGAUAAUGCCCCCGCAAGAACAACAACCAAUUCGGAUAAUGCUACCCUCCCCGUGGCAAACAGCCCCAUGGCGGACGAUUCUGCAAAGUCCAUGGUAGAUGACUCGGCCAAGUCCAUGGUAGACGACUCGGCCAAGUCCAUGGUAGACGAGUCCGCAAAGUCCAUAGAUCUACCCUCCCGGUAUGAUUAUGAUGACGACGGCAGUGAGUAUGAAGAGGAGCUGGCGGCACCGGUGUUCAACAUCAAACCUAACAGUACCAGCACCACCAGCAGUCGCAUGUCACGACGACUUAGCAGUGAUCAUACCGGUACCAGUCGCAACAGUGCCCCCGCCAUUCCCCGUGUUCAACGACGCAUGAGUGGGGGACCUGCCGGCAUGAUGAUGAUGAUGCCACGGCGGCCCAGUGGCAGUGGGUAUGCGACCGAGGGCAUGAUCCCUCCCAACGCCGUCGUACCACGAGAAGCAGCUCAAGCUCAAGCCAGUCGAUUUGGCAAUCUGCGCAACAACAACAAUAACAAUAAGAACCUCAAACGAGACAACUCUUGGUUUGUCCUGGGAUACGACUCCACCAGUUCCUCCCAACACUACCGCAACAUGGCAUACAACACCAACAACACCAACAAUCUCGAAGACUCGUGGUCCGGAUUGACCAUUCCUUCCCAACAUUACAUUCCUCAAAAUACACAGUUGCGAAAACUGACUUCCAAACAAAACAACAAUACCAAUCAAGAUAGCAUGACCGAUAGUAUUGCAGCCGAAUCCUGGGCGGGACUUUCGUUGCCGUCGGCCUACCGAACACUCUCCACCGACAAUGAAUCUGUGUUGGAAAACUCCUUUGCGACUUGCACCACCCGCAUGACAGCGGGCGGUGUCGACGAUGAAGAUCUGCUCAGUAUCUACGAUGCCAGUUUGAAUGGAUCCGUCCUUCAAUUAGUAAACAACCACAAUGGUGCCACCACAAUCACGCCGGCUGCCCCGGAAGAAACAGAGGGAACUGUGGAUAGAAUGGUUCAUCCAACAACAAAAACAAGAGCAACAAAAGGCAGAAUCAGACGGUGCCAAUCGAUGGAACUACCCCCGCCAUCGACGUCGAUUCUACCAGUGCACCAAGAAGAAGGAGAAGAAGCAGGAACCGAACAGCCAUCACAUCGGAGACGACACAGUGGGGGUAUCCUUCUGCUGGAUUAGCGUGCAGUAGACACCUCCUCCUCCUUGUCACAUUCAUUAUGCAAGAUCAUCUUCAUAUCUGGGUACGGACCUGUGCAGGAACUUUGGGGCAUCGUCACAUACUGGAUCUGUUUGUUACUAGCUAGCUAGUUACAACCACUCGCUCAAUCAGUCGUAACAAUCCAAUGGCUAGUAGACUAGUAGACUAGACUAGUUGCCUGCAGCUCGUACUGGAUCUUUGG